UUUAUCGUAACAUAUUUUUUUCAUUCUGACGCUUCGAAAUUUGAAGUUAGCAGCCUAGCAGCCUAGCAGCCUAGCAGCCUGGCAGCCUAGCAGCCUAGCAGCCUGGCAGCCUAACAGCCUAAAGAAAACUACGGAUAAUACAAACAUGAAAACCGACGGAAAUGAGUCGGUAGCACAUACUUAGACUAUUCCACGUCUUUUUUCAGUAUCGCCAACUUAUCUUUUUUAAAUAUUGAACUUUGCUUUUUUUCUUUACUCUUCGAAAUUUGUGAAGCUAUCAGCCUAACAACCUGGCAGCCUAGCAGCCUGGCAGCCUAGCAGCCUAGCAGCCUGGCAGCCUAGCAGCCUAGCAGCCUGGCAGCCUAAAGAAAACUACGGAUAAUACAAACAUGAAAACCGACGGAAAUGAGUCGGUAGCACAUACUUAGACUAUUCCACGUCUUUUUUCAGUAUCGCCAACUUAAUUUUUUUAAAUAUUGAACUUUGCUUUUUUUUUUAUUUUACUCUUCGAAAUUUGAGCAGCCUAGCAGCCUAGCAGCCUGGCAGCCUAAAUAAAACUAAGAAUAGUACAAACAUGAAAACCGUCGGAAAUACAUUAGCAGCACUUCUUUAGAUCAUUCCACGCCUUUUUCAAUAUCGUGAUCUUUAUUUUUUAAGAUGUUGAACUUUAUCGUAACAUAUUUUUUUCAUUCUGACGCUUCGAAAUUUGAAGUUAGCAGCCUAGCAGCCUAGGAGCCUAGCAGCCUAGCAGCCUAAAGAAAAGUACGGAUAAUUCAAACAUGAAAACCGACGGAAAUGAGUCGGUAGCACAUUCUUAGACUAUUCCACGUCUUUUUUCAGUAUCGCCAACUUAUCUUUUUUAAAUAUUGAACUUUGCUUUUUUUCUUUACUCUUCGAAAUUUGUGAAGCUAUCAGCCUAACAACCUGGCAGCCUAGCAGCCUAGCAGCCUAGCAGCCUGGCAGCCUAGCAGCCUAGCAGCCUGGCAGCCUAAAGAAAACUACGGAUAAUACAAACAUGAAAACCGACGGAAAUGAGUCGGUAGCACAUACUUAGACUAUUCCACGUCUUUUUUCAGUAUCGCCAACUUAAUUUUUUUAAAUAUUGAACUUUGCUUUUUUUUUUAUUUUACUCUUCGAAAUUUGAGCAGCCUAGCAGCCUAGCAGCCUGGCAGCCUAAAUAAAACUAAGAAUAGUACAAACAUGAAAACCGUCGGAAAUACAUUAGCAGCACUUCUUUAGAUCAUUCCACGCCUUUUUCAAUAUCGUGAUCUUUAUUUUUUAAGAUGUUGAACUUUAUCGUAACAUAUUUUUUUCAUUCUGACGCUUCGAAAUUUGAAGUUAGCAGCCUAGCAGCCUAGCAGCCUAGCAGCCUGGCAGCCUAGCAGCCUAGCAGCCUGGCAGCCUAACAGCCUAAAGAAAACUACGGAUAAUACAAACAUGAAAACCGACGGAAAUGAGUCGGUAGCACAUACUUAGACUAUUCCACGUCUUUUUUCAGUAUCGCCAACUUAUCUUUUUUAAAUAUUGAACUUUGCUUUUUUUCUUUACUCUUCGAAAUUUGUGAAGCUAUCAGCCUAACAACCUGGCAGCCUAGCAGCCUGGCAGCCUAGCAGCCUAGCAGCCUAGCAGCCUGGCAGCCUAGCAGCCUAGCAGCCUGGCAGCCUAAAGAAAACUACGGAUAAUACAAACAUGAAAACCGACGGAAAUGAGUCGGUAGCACAUACUUAGACUAUUCCACGUCUUUUUUCAGUAUCGCCAACUUAAUUUUUUUAAAUAUUGAACUUUGCUUUUUUUUUAUUUUACUCUUCGAAAUUUGAGCAGCCUAGCAGCCUAGCAGCCUGGCAGCCUAAAUAAAACUAAGAAUAGUACAAACAUGAAAACCGUCGGAAAUACAUUAGCAGCACUUCUUUAGAUCAUUCCACGCCUUUUUCAAUAUCGUGAUCUUUAUUUUUUAAGAUGUUGAACUUUAUCGUAACAUAUUUUUUUCAUUCUGACGUUAAUAAAUUUGAAGUUAGCAGCCAAGCAGCCUAGCAGCCUGGCAGCCUAGCAGCCUGGCAGCCUAACAGCCUAAAGAAAACUACGGAUAAUACAAACAUGAAAACCGACGGAAAUGAGUUGGUAGCACAUACUUAGACUAAUCCACGUCUUUUUUCAGUAUCGCCAACUUAAUUUUUUAAAUAUUGAACUUUGCUUUUUUUUUAUUUACUCUUCGAAAUUUGAGCAGCCUAGCAGCCUAGCAGCCUGGCAGCCUAAAUAAAACUAAGAAUAGUACAAGCAUGAAAACCGUCGGAAAUACAUUAGUAGCACUUCUUUAGAUCAUUCCACGCCUUUUUCAUUAUCGUGAUCUUUAUUUUUUAAGAUGUUGAACUUUAUCGUAACAUAUUUUUUUCAUUCUGACGCUUCGAAAUUUGAAGUUAGCAGCCUAGCAGCCUAGCAGCCUGGCAGCCUAGCAGCCUAGCAGCCUGGCAGCCUGGCAGCCUAACAGCCUAAAGAAAACUACGGAUAAUACAAAUAUGAAAACCGACGGAAAUGAGUCGGUAGCACAUACUUAGACUAUUCCACGUCUUUUUUCAGUAUCUCCAACUUAAUUUUUUUUAAAUAUUGAACUUUGCUUUUUUUUUAUUUACUCUUCGAAAUUUGAGCAGCCUAGCAGCCUGGCAGCCUAAAUAAAACUAAGAAUAGUACAAGCAUGAAAACCGUCGGAAAUACAUUAGCAGCACUUCUUUAGAUCAUUCCACGUCUUUUUCAAUAUCCUGAUCUUUAUUUUUUAAGAUGUUGAACUUUAUCGUAACAUAUUUUUUUCAUUCUGACGCUUCGAAAUUUGAAGUUAGCAGCCUAGCAGCCUAACAGCCUAAAGAAAACUAAGGAUAAUACAAACAUGAAAACCGCCGGAAAUGAGUCGGUAGCACAUACUUAGACUAUUCCACGUCUUUUUUCAGUAUCGCGAACUUAAUUCUUUUAAAUAUUGAACUUUGUUGUUUUUUUUUGCUUUUUUUUACUCUUCGAAAUUUGUGAAGCUAGCAGCAUAACAGCCUAGCAGCCUGGCAGCCUAGCAGCCUGACAGCCUAUCAGCCUGGUAGCCUUGCAGCCUAGCAGCCUGGCAGCCUGGCAGCCUGUUAGCCUAACAGCCUGUUAGCCUAACAGCUUAGCAGCCUAACAGCCUAAAGGAAACUAAGGAUAAUACAAACAUGAAAACCGUCGGAAAUGAAUCGGUAGAACAUACUGAGACCAUUUCACGUUUUAUUUCAGUAUCGCGAUCUUCAUUCUUUUAAAUAUUGAACUUUAUUUUUUUUUUCAUUCUGAUGCUUUGUAAUUUGCGGGAUUUAACAUGAUUUCGAAUAACGUAGGAAGUAGUCUAAGUCUUGGAACUUUUUCUCGGCUACUAAUGUCGCUGUCUAUGGACAAUAAGUGACGUCAUCUGAGUUAUUUAUGAUAUGCUAUUUUGUAUGGAUAUGUUUAUAAUGAAGUUGACGAUGUUUAAAGCAUAUUUAUUUAAGGUCUGUUAAGAUAAAAAUGUGUUGAAAUGUAAAGAGAUAUAUAAUGCAUAUGUUUAAACGAACACAAAAAUGAACAUAAAGAUUAUCUGAACUUAAGAACAAUACCCGUACGACACAUCAAAAUAAUGGGGCGGUGUUGCAUGCCUCUGUAAUUGUUAUGCUGAUAAUUUCACAUCAUAUUAUACAUGUAUAUAAUUUUCAUUUUCCUCGAUAAAUGUUACUCACGUAAGUGCGUUACGCAAACUACGCACCGGGUUAGGCUCUCGUGUUUUCAGCAAAAAAGUGAAAGAAAAAAAAACAACAACAAAAAAAAAAAAACAAAAAAAAAACAUGUAUUAAAUACAUGUUGUUUUCAUGGAUCUAUUAAAGAUGUUUAAAAGGUGAUUGCUCCAUAUAUGAAUAUUUAAUUCCUUUACUCUGACUCCAGUUUAUAGACUUAUUCGUCACCGUUUUCCGGUAUGUUACGGGUUUACCUCUACACCAAAUAAAGUAUAUACCACUAUAUAUUUACUUUUCUAUCAUUAUUUCGCCGUUUAAGGUGAAAAAAACUUGUCGUGUUUGAAAGUUAUCAAUGUUUUUAUUAAAAUUGAAUUCUUUAAAUUGAAAUUCAAUGAAAUUAAAACAGUCGUAGUGGCAUCUUCAAUAAUAAAUAACGAGAAAACGUGAUUAAACUUAUUCAUUUUACUUUAUUUUUGUAAGGAAAUAUUCCUAAAAUGAUAUUAAAUUAUUUUCCUGCAUAGUAGUAUCUGUUAAUUCAAUAACUACCAAAAACGAAGAUUUUGUUAUUACACUCCAUUAGCGGAAUUUCCAACAGGAAUGUAAAGAAAGUACCGGAAAACGGCGUUAAGCUAUGUUUUUGAAUUCGUGAAUGUUUGCCGUUAAAGGAAUUUAAUUUAAACUAAAUGUUAGAAAAUUUCUAUAGGCUAUUAAUUUACGAAAUGCAUUUUUUUUAUUAUUCAUGCUAUUUUGCAAUCAAUCUUCACCUCUUCGUCUAUAUAAGAAGAUUCGCGGAUCUUCAUCUAAAUAUGAAGAUGCAUGAAGUACAGUAAACAUUGAGAAAAACUCGUAAAAAAAAUAGCCCAGUAGGAGUGCAAAAUCUACACCAUGAGACAUACUCGACAGAGAACCAGUCCACCUCCAGUAUAUCGGGGACCAAUCGGGAAGUCCUCGGCUAUUAUCUAUAAUAAUAUCAAAGGGCCGAAAAGUUGCGAUUGAUCGGUCUACCUCCUGAAAUUGGAGAAGAGCCAAGUUGGGUAUGUAAUGCGAUAGUUAAGCCGAAUACACAAAGAUGAUGGAGACUAUGGUUUAUUAAGCGUUAAAAUUGCGACACAUUUAAGGUAAUUAUUUAUAAUUAUGCAUUUUUGUUAUUUUCAAAGACAUAGAUAACAGAGAUAGGCAACUUCCUAGCCAGUUAAUAUAUCACGCGUACCUAACUUGUAGCAAGUAAAACUUAUUAAUCAGUAAAGUAAUACAUUUUCUGAAAGCUGAUGCAUAAUUUUGUCUCUGGCUGCAGGUUAAAAUAUUUACAGUUCCCACUCAUAUAAAUGUUACAUCAUUUUUUUAAAGAGAACUACAUACUAAUUUUUGUUACAUAACUAUUCAUAUGACGAAUAAACUGGCUCAGUGGGUAUGUUCUGCUAUGUUUUUCUAAGCGAACGCUGGGACAUAAGAAAAAAAUAUGAUAUUAAAGGAUCAAAUCCAUUAAGUUUUUUUUCACUUUUUGAUAGACAUAAGUGAUAUUUAAAUGGAGAGUAUAGGAGCUGCUUAUCUCUGUUAUAUAUGUCUCUGCUAUUUUCUAUUAUAAUUGUUGCAAUUGGACAUUAUACCAGUUCAUGAUUUUUGUCUACAAGUAAGCAGAAAUAUACGGUGGCACAAAGGUGACAUGUGUGUGUUUUGAUUUAUCUCGUGCGCACGAGAUGUUACUAAGUCGUGGCCACGAGAUAGAUAAGUCGUGGACACGAGAUACACGAGAUAAAAUUAAACAAUAUAAUAAAAAAAAUAUAAUCUGUAAAAAAUCAAAAUGAGGUAUCAUUAUGUUAAGUUAAAGUUUAGUACGUAUUUACAAAAAUAGAUUGGUCUCGCGCGGCGUAAAAACGUAGUAAUAAAUUUUUACCGACUUAGUGUUUUAAAUUAUUUUUUGGAUGCUCUUUACAUGUCUCCGCCCUAUUUCGUCACACUACCCGAUAUCGUCUGAUCUUUCAGCGCUUUAUGCAUAUAAGAAUCACUUAAAUCGUGAAGGUCAAGGGUUAUAACACAUACUGUUUAUAGUUAUGAUGUUUUUAAGGACUCAUGAUGAAGAAUUGUUUUUGCUGCUUUAACAAAUAAAAUUAAAAUCGUCUACGGACGAGUAAUUUGUUAGAACAAAGUUAAGUAUCUGUCCAGCAUUACCUUGUUUUCAUUGUUUCUCUUUGAAAUGUAGGCAUAAAUGUAAAACAUUUUCUCAUUUUUAUUCAAAAUCUCACAGCAGCUUUUUGGCCCUUUUUAUUUUGAUUAUAAUUCAGUACCAUUAAGAAAUUUUAUAUAUAAAAAAAAAAAAAUUUCCCAACAUUUUCCAUGUGGUCUGAAAAUAUAUUGUUCAAAGUAUUGAUUUACCUGAAAUGAGCUCUCAGUUAUUGCAAAUGGGCAUUCAAGCUAGCAUUCCCAAGGUGUUGUUUAUUUCUAAAUGUCUAAAGUUCUCUAAGGUAACUUUUAACAACAUGCAAAACUUCAAAACAUAUACAUGUCAAUCGCAAUAGCAGUAAUACAUAGUGAUUGCUACAUAUCUGGUUCGUCUAUUACCCAAAGUCAGGGAAAUAUUUACUUUUUUAAAGUUGUCCGCAAAUAUGGGUAGAUUAAGGGUCAUGUAUAACAGAAAACAAUCUUAGCUGUGAUAAUUAUAAUUAAGUAUUUUUUUCACUCAUCACUUAAAUAUUUACAGAUAGAAGCCGUAUAUUCAUAAACGAUUCAUACUUCAGGCAACGAAUGUGACUAGGUCUACAUUUUUAAAUAAAAUAAGAAAAGAAAAAAUGAUUUUUUUUUCUUUAAUUUUCUCUUAAAAAAAUUUGAUUACAUCUUUUAUUUGUUUACUUUUAUAGAUAAGUAUAAAGGUCGAGUGUUGUUCCCGUACAUAAGCAAUAUAUUUUUUUUCAGUACAGAACGAUUGAUCUAUUGAAACCACAGCAAUUUGUAGAAAGAAUCCUCACUCGCAUCCGGUUAACACCAUGCGGUGUGAUCAAGAGAAGUUGGCAGCUCUUCGGGUAAGGAUUGAAAUAAUGCGAAAAAGGAAACAAAACUACCAGAAAGAAUCACAAAUUGCAGUUGAUAAAAAAUCUCAGCAGAUAAAAGCAAAAGAAAGUAAUAACAAGAUUACUGUUACGGACACAGAAGUUGAUGAUGAUGGCAGCACAACGUCCACAGAGGAUUAUCCUGACAAGAAAAGGAACCGUGAACAGGAGGUAAGUGUCAUAUCAUCAGACGAAAUCGAUGAAAAGAGAACAGACGAAAGUAACGAAGAUGACAGACAAAGUGAAGAGGCAGAUGUGACGCGUUUGCCAAAGGUUUUUGAUACAAGUGUUUCCGCAGAGGAUUAUCCUGACAAGAAAAGGAACCGUGAACAGGAGGAAAGUGUCAUAUCAUCAGACGAAAUCGAUGAAAAGAGAACAGACGAAAGUAACGAAGAUGACAGACAAAGUGAAGAGGCAGAUAUGACGCGUUUGCCAAAGGUUUUUGAUACAAGUGUUUCCGCAGAGGAUUAUUCUGACAAGAAAAGGAACCGUGAACAGGAGGAAAGUGUCAUAUCAUCAGACGAAAUCGAUGAAAAGAGAACAGACGAAAGUAACGAAGAUGACAGACAAAGUGAAGAGGCAGAUGUGAAGCGUUUGCCAAAGGUUUUUGAUAUAAGUGUUUCCGCAGAGGAGUUUGAGGAGAUGCUUCCUGCAAAUCAAAUAUCAAAACAGAAGAAACUCCAAUUUGUUAAGGGUUGGACACAUAUCGUUGCUGAUAAAUUUAGUAAAGUAAACCCGGCCUGUAUAUUAAAGUUCAAGUAUCACAAAGUGCAAGAAAAAAAGGAAAAUUCUUUUAGAAACAGAUGCUUCUUCUUUACGAAGGCAGAAUGUAAACAUGCAAAUUGUGGUGUAUGGACUAUGAAAAUCGACAAAAAGCCAAAAAGAGAAAGUCAAGUAGUUAUUACGGUUACACAGACACAGCCUGUGAUAAAACACAAAAAAGCUGGUAAACGGCAGUUGAGUAAUACUCAAAGAAAAAAAGCACAGGAACGAAUGAAAAAGGAGUCAGUGGAAAGUAUUUUCUGGCAACAAUAUGAAGAUAUGCCUGAAGCUGAAUUAAGAGCAGAAAACUAUACCAAAUGUCAGUCAGGAACAAUUUUAAGAAAGGCAAAAUCUGAAACUAAAACCGGAGACAUUCUCCACCCAGAACCGUUUACUGAAUUGGUGAUUUUGAAAGAAGUUUACGACGAGGAAAACGGAUAUAUACAGAAAUUCAUAUGCCCCAUUCAUGGCCUGUCCUUUACACUGAAGGUUCUCUGA